AGUCCUUCUCGGGUACUGUUUCUGUGGCAGUGAUUUCUGUCACCAGAUAUUCUGGUGUUGUACCAAGUCAGAAUGGUAGAUACUAACAAAGACCUCCACUCGAAGUUCGUCAGCGAUGGCUACGUGGUCAUCGAAAACUUCUUAUCGCUCGACGAAGUGCAAGAGCUUAGAGAGGCAAUGAGAAAUAUUGUAGAUGAUCUGGAUUUAUCACAAAACCCGCUGAGUGUUUUCAAAACUGGUGAUGAUCAGGUUGGUGAUGACUACUUUUUGACCAGUGGUGACAAAAUCCGUCCAUUUAUGGAGGAGGGAGCAUUUGAUAAACAAGGGAAUUUGGUGAAAGAUAAGCAUGUAGCUAUAAACAAGAUUGGCCAUGCACUUCAUGCAUUCAACCCAGUGUUUAAAAAGGCCACAUUUUCUAAGAAGAUCCAGGAAAUUGCUAAGUCUGUGGCAGGAAUGAAAAAUCCUGUUGUCCCUCAGAGUAUGUACAUUUUCAAGCAACCAGGAAUAGGGGGCGAAGUUAAUCCCCACCGUGACUCUACUUACUUGUACACCGAACCCAUCUCGGCCAUUGGUUUCUGGAUACCACUGGAAGACUGCACAACAGAAAAUGGCUGUCUCUGGUUUAUUCCAGGCUCACACAAAGUGGAUAAGAUAGAGCGUAGGUUGAUUCGCACUCCAGGAUCCAAGGAACAUGUUGUUUUACACAUUGGUCCUCAAGAGGAGUAUAAUGAGGCCCAAUCAGUUCCAGCAUUAACUAAAAAAGGGUCGCUUGUUGUCAUCCAUGGGUCAGUGCUUCACAGGAGUUUCCCAAACAAGUCCAGCAAAUCCAGACAUGCCUAUACAUUCCACAUGGUUGAACAGAAUGCCAAGUGGAGUGAGCAAAACUGGUUGCAGCCAACGGAGAGGCUUCCUUUCCCUCCGCUCUAUACGCCAUAUGGACUGAUGUGUGUUACUUGUGCAUCGCAGUUCGUAAAUGAUGGAUGCGUUGUCAUCGACGAUUUCCUCACUGUCGAAGAAGUACAAGAGCUAAAGCAGGAAAUGGAUAAGAUCGUGGAAAAUAUGGAUUUAUCAAAAGAUCCUAUGAGCGUUUUUUACUCCGAUGAUAAGUUUUUUGGUGAUGAAUUCUUCAUGACGAGUGCUGAUAAAAUCCGACCAUUUAUGGAGCAAAACGCAUUUGAUGACCAAGGAAAUUUGGUAAAGGAAAAGCACUUAGCUAUCAACAAGAUCGGGCACGCACUCCAUGCACUCAACCCAGUCUUCAAGAAGGCCACCUUUUCCAAGAAGGUCCAGGAAAUCGCUAAGUACGUGGCAGGACUGAAGAACCCUAUUGUACCUCAAAGUAUGUACAUUUUUAAGCAACCUGGAAUUGGAGAUGAAGUCGCUCCACAUCGUGACUCUACCUACUUGUACACGGAACCUCCGACUGUUGUCGGCUUUUGGAUUCCACUAGAAGACUGCACAACAGAAAAUGGCUGUCUCUGGUUUAUUCCAGGCUCACACAAAGUGGAGAAGAUAGAAAGGAGAAUGGUCCGAAGUCUAGAAUCCGAGGGACGUCUGGUUUCCCACAUUGGACCUGAUGAGGAGUAUGAUGACUCAAAAUCAGUACCUCUCUGCACUAACAAAGGUGCUCUUGUUAUCAUUCACGGGUCAGUGCUUCACAGGAGUUUUCCAAACAAGUCCAGCAAAUCCAGACAUGCCUAUACAUUCCACGUGGUUGAGCAGGAUGCCGUGUGGAGUGAGCAAAACUGGUUACAACCCACCAAGGAGCUGUCCUUUCCACCACUCUACAUUUAAGAUAUGAUAUGCACAAGAAAUAUCACAUACAUGGUGAAAUCAGACACUUGAAUACUCGAUAAAUUGCAAGUCAUAGGGUUUAUGCGGUAUUGCAAGUUAUGUGUUGUAUUGCAACACGAUGUAAUAUGAAUUCUUGGUAAGGUAGCAGUGAUAGGAAUAUAACGUACUGGUCAAUCACA